GUGAGCUUUGGCUGCUGAAGAUGAAGAAGAAGAGUUGCCAUGGGAGGGCUACAGCUGCUUAUGAUCUUCAGCACAGUCUUCCCAAGAUCACUGGAGAAACAACAGAUCAUCAGCAUGGCAACAUUUCAGGUACCCAAGCUGCAAAGAACAAGACAUGGAAGAAGAGAUACCUGACCUUCCUCUCAAAGUUUCAGAACAAGAUGAAGCACAAGAAACCUGACAGCACCAAGGCAGCAGGUGGCUCCAAGAAUCAUCAUCAUCAUCAUCAUAGGAACCCAACAAAACGCAGCCUUCUCCCCUCCAGCCAGAUCCUGGAGGAGUGCAGCAACCUGGUCCAGGUGAUCCGGCAGACCACCGCCGACUGCUUCGCCGCCGCGGCGACGGCGGUGGCGGCGUCGGUGGACUACGAGGAUGAUCAGCCUUACAUGCAGCUUGACCAGGUGAACUAUGGGGUGAAAAGAGAGGCCUUUGGCCCCGUUUACUUGGUCACAUAGUGAUGGCAGACACUUCA